AUGGCUUCUGUUUGGUUCAUGUUUUCUUAUCCGAAGCCUGCGAAUAGUGGAAAGGCAGCCUACAGUACUGCCGUGGAGCUUCUUAACCCAGUCCAAAAUUCCUCGUCCAAGGUGCUCGUUGGCGCCAACUACUUCAUGACCUAUCACACCGUCCUUAGCGAUCCGCAGGACUACAUAGGGGCCAUUCGACGCGCGAGAGAACUCGCUGACAAUAUCUCGCAGUCAUGGAAUGACUCACGCUCCAAACUAACUGCCUCCGAUUUCAUAAGAGACAACAUUGUUUUCCCUUACAGGUAUUUUUUCUUAAACUUCUCUCUUACCCCUCCUCUCUGCGAUCACGUCAUUUUCCGAUUGCAUUUUCGGAUCGUCUUCUAUGUCUUCUAUGAACAAUACCUCAGUAUUGUGCCUGAGACGGCACAGCAACUAGGUGCUUGCCUUGCCGCUAUCGCCGUGAUCACGUGGCUCCUAUUGGGCCUUGAUUUUGCCGCCACCCUCAUCAUUCUCUUUGGCGUCGCGUGUAUCGACCUCAGUCUCCUAGCCUUGAUGGUGCUCUGGGACAUUGGACUGAACGCAAUCUCAUUGGUCAACCUCGUUGUGUGUACCGGUAUUGCUGUUGAGUUCUGCGCCCACAUUGUCCGUGCCUAUACAGUCAGUUUGAGGCCUACUCGCAUGGAAAGAGCACAUGAAUCAUUGGCGGAAAUGGGUAGUUCUAUCCUUCGUGGUAUCACGUUGACAAAACUCGGGGGCAUCGUUGUGCUGGCCUUCUCGAAGUCUCGUCUCUUUGAAGUCUUUUAUUUCCGCAUGUACUUGGGAAUUGUCGUUUUUGGAGCACUGAUUGGCCUCAUCUUCCUUCCCGUUCUUCUCAGCUACAUCGGUAUGUGGGAACCCCUUUUUCUUGCUGUUUCUUUGCUUGUUCCAGGACCUUCGCUAAACCAGGCUGUCCUCCAAGAGAAGCUCCGACGUUUCCGUCAAGGUGCCCUCUCGCAUGCAGUCAAUGCGGAAGUCUUCACUCGGCUUGAAGAAGAGGAUAGCAGUGGCAGUCUUCAGGGUUCCGGUCGGUUGACACCCGUUCCCGAAUCUGCACAGCAGUCAGGAUCGACUGAAAAUACCUUGAGUGGUGAGGCCGCUUUUCAGUCCACUGGUUGCGGCAGUAAUCGUCUCCCUACUCCCGGGUAG